GUGCUGCUGCCUUUCAGAGGAGUCCCUUGCAGAGCCUUUGGAGCUCCUCUUCACUACAGAGGCACCUGCCGCAGUUUUUUGUGUUCCGCAAGUUCCGCUAGUUCCCGAAGUUCCAAGGUGGCACUGCACUUGGCGCCGGCCAGUCAGGAGUUGGGCAAGCCUCCUGCACUGCCGCCGCCAACGCUAGAAGGCCGCCUUCAGCUGCUGAAGCUCCCCACUCGCUUCAUUGGUGGGGCCUACUUCUUGUUGAUGCUCUCCGUUCCUCCGGCGGACGCCUUCAGAGCUGUCGAGCCGGACAGGUUUCCAAGGACCAACUUGACUCUUCUGCUUGACUCGGGUCUCACUGCAGCCGUGAUGCUAACCACAGACGUGUGCAAGACUUUGAAGCUGGCGAUGGGAGGUGAGGGCUCCUUCUCCUCGGGGGUUGGCGCCACGGGCUCGAGCCUGGACAUGCAGCAGGUGCGAGUCGAAGGGGCGGCCUUGGAGGGACCCGGAGACGGACUUUCCUUGGAGGGAGCAGACGCCGCAACGCGCUGCCCUUUGGACCCGAUGGCAGGAGUGGUCGUUGACAACUUUCCCCAGCUGCGGCUUGGCUGA